AUGCCAUGGGAGAAUGGAAGAAUGCCAACAACAAACAAGAAUAUCCUUAGGUUGCUCCAUGAUUUUACUAAUCAGUUCCUUUUAGGAGGAUAUAAUGUGUUAAUGAAGUCAAUUCAUGAGGAUAUUGAGAAAGAACACCAUGCUAUUGAAAACAACGAUGUUGUUAUAUUCUUCCAGGUUGCUGAAUUUAUUAUGUCUUUCCAGAAUCUCAAGUUACUUGCUUCAAAGCCUGAUGCUGAAGUCAAUGUAUCUGAAACUUCUAAAGAUCAUGAUGCUGAAAGCACAUUGUUUGAAGCAAAUAUAUGCGGGUCAAUUUCUAAAACAAUGAAUGAGACAAUGUUUCUACUUGUUGUAUCAAAGUGGCGUUCUAUAUUUGAUGGUUUGAAGGAGACACAUGACUAG